AUGGGGAGAAAGAAGGGGUUGCCGGAGUUCGAAGAGACGGCGCCGGAUGGGUUUGAUCCGGCCAAUCCUUACAAGGAUCCGGUGGCGAUGGUAGAAAUGAGAGAGCACAUCGUUCGGGAGAAGUGGAUCCAAAUCGAGAAGGCGAAGAUCUUGCGCGAGAAGGUCAAGUGGUGUUACCGCGUCGAAGGCGUCAACCAUUACCAGAAAUGCCGUCACCUCGUCGAGCAGUACCUCGACUCCACUCGCGGCGUCGGCUGGGGAAAAGAUCACCGUCCUAUCUCGCUCCACGGUCCCAAACCUGAAGUUGUUGAAGCUGUUGAAGCUGAAUAA